AAACAAGUAGUACAUGUGAAUGCAAGUAACUACCCAUCUGAUGAUGAAAUGAUGAAUCAAUCACUCACCCUUCCUCCUAUCUCGAACUCGUGACCCUGCAUUUUUAUAUCUCUUUCUUGAUCCAAUUAUUAUUAUUACAAGGGUUUUGUGAGAGCCCGAUCUCUCCACAAUCCUCUUUAAGAUCUAAAUACUACACCUUCUCAAUCACACACACUGACACACAGUGAGAUAUAACAAUGUACGGAUUCGAAGCACUAACCUUCAACAUUCAUGGAGGUUAUCUAGAAGCGAUCGUGAGAGGACACAGAUCUGGAUUGCUUACUGCUGCUGAUUACAACAAUUUGUGCCAGUGCGAAACCCUAGAUGAUAUCAAGAUGCAUCUCUCCGCCACUGAGUACGGUCCUUAUCUCCAGAACGAACCGUCCCCAUUGCAUACUACUACCAUUGUGGAGAAAUGUACUCUCAAACUGGUGGAUGAAUACAAGCACAUGUUGUGCCAAGCCACAGAGCCUUUGUCAACUUUCUUGGAGUACAUCACAUAUGGCCACAUGAUCGACAAUGUGGUGCUGAUUGUCACUGGAACCUUGCAUGAGAGAGAUGUCCAAGAGCUGCUAGAGAAGUGCCAUCCGUUGGGCAUGUUUGACAGCAUUGCAACACUAGCAGUAGCUCAAAAUAUGCGAGAACUUUAUAGACUUGUGCUCGUCGACACCCCUUUAGCUCCGUACUUCUCCGAGUGCAUAACAUCUGAGGACUUGGAUGAUAUGAACAUCGAAAUUAUGAGAAAUACUCUGUACAAGGCAUACCUUGAAGAUUUCUACAGGUUUUGCCAGAAAUUAGGAGGUGCUACAGCAGAAAUUAUGUCUGACCUUCUUGCAUUCGAGGCUGACAGGAGAGCUGUUAAUAUCACCAUAAACAGUAUCGGCACUGAGCUUACUCGGGAUGAUAGGAGGAAAUUGUACUCUAGCUUUGGCUUACUUUACCCAUAUGGUCAUGAAGAACUCGCUGUCUGUGAGGAUAUUGAUCAGGUUCGUGGUGUCAUGGAAAAAUAUCCUCCUUAUCAGUCUAUUUUUGCCAAGUUGUCAUAUGGAGAGAGUCAGAUGCUAGACAAAGCUUUCUAUGAAGAGGAGGUGAAAAGACUCUGCUUAUCAUUUGAGCAACAGUUCCACUAUGCGGUAUUUUUUGCAUAUAUGAGGUUAAGGGAGCAAGAGAUCAGAAACCUAAUGUGGAUAUCUGAGUGUGUGGCUCAGAACCAGAAAUCCAGGGUACAUGACAGUGUCGUCUUCAUAUUUUAAUUGUUCUAUCAAUAUUUCUGAACCAACGUGAGGCAUAUUGUUUGCUGUAAAUGUAUUCCAAGGCAGUCUUUUGAUAGUUGCAAGUUGCCAGAAACAAAUUGUUCAACCUGCACUGUGGGCAGCUUUCUCAAAUAAGCUUAUUUAUUUUAUUAUUUUUUAUGAAAAAAAUCUGUAUUUUAGUAUCUGUUGACUGUUAUGCAGAGAGGAAAUUAAGAUUUCUUAUUAAA